UCAGACACACUACAAUGCGCUUCCUAUUCGCUUUCGGCUUCGGCGUGCUGCUGUGCCUGCUCCUGGCUCAGGAGGGCAGUGGUUCAAGCUCAUCAACGGAAUCGAGCACAUCGACCACCGACUCCUCUACAACCACUACCACUGACUCGUCCACCACAACCACCACCGCCUCCUCGGCCAGCACCACAACCACAGCCUCCUCGUCGUCCUCCUCGUCGGCGGCCGCCAAGAGGCGCAGGCGUGCCCGCCGUCGUCGCCUGGCUCGCGAGCGCCGUCGUCGCCAGGAGCGAAGGCAGCGUCAGGAGAAGAGGAGACGCCGGAUGGAGAAGCUGCUUGCCAGGCAGCGCCGCCUUAUCAACCAACUUCAGGGAUAAGACAGACAGGGUACACAAAAAAAUAGAUUUAAUAAUAAUAAUAAUACAUAAAAUAAUAAACUUGAAAGUCGCAUGCCCCAGAA